AUGGCUUCCGGCGUGCAGGUGGACGCCAAGUGCGUAGAUGCUAUCCAGGCCCUCGUCAAAGGCCGCAAGUUCCGCGGGGCUGUUUUCAGGAUUAGCGAUGACAUGUCUUUGGUCGAGCUGGAAAAGACGUAUGACCCGAGUGACGCCUCCCCGAAGGCUGACUGGGACUCAUUCACUAAGGAUCUUCCCGAAAAAGACUGCCGAUACAUUGUGUACGAUUUCUCGUACGUUCAUCAGGGCGCCACUAAGCAGCGCGUGUUGUUUGUGCUUUGGUCUCCAGAGUAUUCAAAGGUGAAGUCCAAGAUGAUCUAUGCUUCUUCGCAGGAGGGAGUCGUGAACAAGUUCGAGGGCAUUCAGCGUCAGCUGCAGUGCACGGAUGCCGAGGACCUCGAGUAUGACGUCAUUGCCAAGCAGCUUGCUGCGCAUACCGCAGGAUAUUAA